UAACUGUCUACUUUCCCCCAGAUUUCCUUUAUUCUGCUCGAGUCUCCGCCUGUGUUCGGCCCCUACCCACUUUCCUUCCUCCCGAUGGCAUGCCUCAGACUCCAGGCUUGAGGUUUUGUUUUUCUCCUGUGAGAACUCGAAGACCAUGUCUGCAGAACUCUUCUCAUCCUUAAGAGAGGAAGGAAGCUGUGGCUCAGGACCCAGUUUUAGGUCUAAUCAAAGGAAAAUAUUAAACCUGUUCCUGGAGAGAGACACUUCCUUUACCGUCUGUCCAGGUGUCUCUAGAACUCCAGUGGGUGAAUUUCUUGGUGAUUCUACAAACCUAAGCAUUUUGUCUGGAGGAACCCCAAAACGCUGCCUUGAUCUUUCAAGUCUUAGCAGUGGGGAGAUAUCUGCCACUCAGCUUACCAUUUCUGCAGACCUUGAUGAAACUGGUCACCUGGAUUCUUCAGGACUUCAGGAAGUACAGUUAGCUGGGAUGAAUCAUCACCAGCACCUAAUGAAAAGUAGCCCAGCACAGCUUUUUUGUAGCACUCCAAAUGGUUUGGACCGUGGCCAUAGAAAGAGAGAUGCAAUGUGUAGCUCAUUUGCAAAUAAAGAAAAUGAAAACAGCACUUUGAGGCCGUUGGAGUGGCACGCACCCAGGAACCUGAGAUUUCAAAAGAGAUCAGGGGAGCCUUAUGUGUCUCCUUUAUCUCUGCUGGACAAUGGAAACUUGGUGGACAGUGAAAUGAAAUAUCUGGGCAGUCCUAUUACUGCUGUUCUAAAAUUGGAUAAAAAUCCAAAACUAGGAGAAGGUCAGGCAGAAGAGAUUUCAGAUGAAUUAAUGGAGUUUUCCCUGGAAGGUCAAGAAGCCAAGGCCUCAGUGAACAGAAGCUGCCUAUAUCGCUCCCCUUCCAUGCCGGAGAACUUGAAUAGGCUAAGACUGAAGCAGGUGGACAAAUGCAAGGACAAUGCAAUGCCAGAUAAAGUUAAAAAAAAGUAUUUUUCUGGCCAAGGAAAGCUCAGGAAGGGCUUACAUUUAAAGAAGACAGUCUCUCUGUGUGACAUUAAUAUCAUUGAGAUGCUGGAGGAAGAUUCUAACCAAGGGCAUCUGAUUGGUGAUUUUUCCAAGAUAUGUGCACUGCCAACCGUGUCAGGGAAACACCAAGAUCUGAAGUAUGUCAACCCAGAAACAGUGGCUGCCCUACUGUUGGGGAAUUUCCAGGGUCUGAUUGAGAAGUUUUAUGUCACUGAUUGUCGCUAUCCAUAUGAGUACCUGGGAGGACACAUCCAGGGAGCCUUAAACUUGUAUAGUCAGGAAGAACUAUUUAACUUCUUUCUAAAGAAGCCCAUUGUCCCUUUGGACACCCAGAAGAGAAUAAUCAUCGUGUUCCACUGUGAAUUCUCCUCAGAGAGGGGACCCUGAAUGUGCCGUUCUCUCCAAGAAGAGGACAGAUCUCUGAACCAGUAUCCUGUAUUGUACUACCCAGAGCUAUAUAUCCUUAAAGGCGGCUACAGAGACUUCUUUCCAGAAUAUACGGAGUUGUGUGAACCACAGAGCUACUGCCCUAUGCAUCACCAGGACCACAAGGCUGAGUUGCUGAGGUGUCGAAGCCAGAGCAAAAUGCGGGAAGGGGAGCGGCAGCAGCGAGAGCAAAUUGCCCUUCUGGCGAAGGACAUGAGCCCAUGA